UUGGACAUACGUAUGCGGAAGUUUACACUCUGCUUAGAAAAAUGUGCGUCUCAUGGCAGCAGUGAGAAGAGCCGGCUGCGGGUUAUCUUCAGCUUGCUUGUUCCCGGUGUAGCAGCUUUCUACAAUGUAUUCCGUAUUAAUUAACGCGGUUUUAUCCAGCUCUCCUGACUAUGGCCUGUUGUUUGAGUCUCUGUCCUGGCCGAGUGACUCCUGGCCGGAGACGGAGCGGGUCGAGGCGCUGUCAGCUUUUAUUGAAGGACUGGGAUCACUCAUGGCCGACUCCGACACAACUCCGUUAACAACUGUUAAUAGAAAAUCUAUUAUAAAUAAAAUCGACUCGGUGAUUUGGACCCAUUGUCUACCUCUUCUCUCCAAAAUAUCAGCAGAAGCCGGCAAAGGCACGCAGUGCAGGGAGAGUACCGCGGCUGCCUGCCGACUUAUGAGUGUUUGUCUCCCGCUGUGUGACGAGGUUGUACCGGGGCGGGUAGCUCUGUCUGUCCUCCCGUCACUCCAGAUGUCGGAAGAGGAUGCGCCUGCACCGGGACGACUCAACGUGGAGGUUGCCAGCGAACUCAUGGCUGUUCUCAUACCUUCUCUCUCAACAGAUGAGCAUCUCACACUCACAAUCCUGACAUCUGCCUUGUCCUGCAUCAAAACACUGCCUGAUCCACUGGUCUCCAAAGUCACAGUCAGGCUUCUUCUAACUCUCCUGAACUGCUGCAGCGGUGCGAGGUUAGGAGGUGUGCUUAAGCUGAUCCUGGAUGAUCUGUGCAGCUGGCACUCCACUGACCGCACACCUGUGGUUACAGAGCGGGCGCUGCUGUGUUUGACCGCCCUGUCAGACCACCUGCUCAAACCUCACAGCCAAUCCCCCUCCUCCUCACCCCCUUCCUCCUGUGACCCUCGUCUGUCUCUCCAGUUCUGGAGGAUGGUUCAGGAUGGACUGACUCACAGAGACAGCGUGUCACGCAAGAGGGCCUUGUACCUGCUGAAAAAGAGUGUGGCCCUGUCAGAGGAGGACAGCGUGGACUGUUCUCUCUCUCCAUCAGGCCAAGCAGAUGAGACCUUGUUCAGAUGGACCCCCAACAGGAGCAAGUUGCUUAGAGAGUUCUGGGAGGAUUAUGUGCUGGUGAUGGAGACCCUGGAGGAGAAUCAGGUUCAUGUCGUCCGACCAGUUCUAAAUAGAAUAGACACGUUGAUCCAGACGACAGUGAAUGAUAGUCAAGGUCAAGGCCUGUUCCACCCCUCCUGGCUGCUGUGUGUGUACCAGCGGAUGUUCCACAGUGAGAAUAAGUCCUUGAUGAGAGAGGGAGUGUGUCACAUGCUCGAGCUGCAGGUCCUGCAGCAGCCGGACUUUGCUUUAGCCUUUUCUCAGUUCAUCGUUGGACCUUUUAUGGAUGUUCUGUCCGAAACGUCGCUCUUCCACAGGUCGGUUGGGCAGAGUGUAGGAGAUUGCCCCGAACUUGGGGCUAAGCUCCAAGUCUUCAUGGCCACCUUUUUCAGCAGCCUGCCUUCAGAGCAUAGAGGCCGUAUGUUGCUGCAGAUGAUCCAGCAGAUGUGCUCUAAGCACUGGUGCGCAGUACCUCUUCUCUUCCUCUCUCAGGCUCUAUCCAAACUCCCUCCAAGUCCGCUGCUGGGGAUCGACGGGCUCACUGCUCUCAGGGAGGUACUGCGCUGCACCAUGAUCACUCAUCAGGUCCUCCUGAGAGGUGCUGCUCAGUGCUUCCUGUUGAACAGUGCCCUCUGUCUGACUGACGUGAGCACAGUGACCCUAGAUGAUGUUUUUAGUUUCCUGAUGGAUUUUCGUGCAGACGAGUCCCUGUGUAGAGGCACACAGAUAUGGAAACAGUUGUGUGUCUGGCUAUAUGACAAUGAAGGCAGUUUCAAGCCCAGAAUUCUGAAUGGAGAUUGUGCUGAUGCUGCCACAAAGAAGGAAACUGUAAGAAGCUAUGUGCAGAACGAGAUGUACACUUAUCUCCGUGUCCCACCCAGCACAGGUCACACUGAGAGAUUACCCGACCAGAAAGAGGCUGAUAAGUUGGCCAGGGCCAUUCUGCUGUGUGUGGACAUGGAGAGGAAUCAACUCAGCGCAGAGACUGCUAACACUCUGGAGUCAUUACUGUCUCCGCUGCUGGACACCCUGAGCAGAGUCAACACCAAUGUCUACCUGCCUGUGCGAAAGAGUGACAAGAGCCUGCAGCUCAUUUUCCGACUGUUCCAGCUGGGAAGAACACCAAGCUGUCAGCAUGCUGGAGAGGAGCAAGUGGAUAACGUGAUGGUGGCCAUGAAGAAGCUCAUUUUUAAACUUGUCGAUCCAGUCCAGGAGUUUAUCCAGAGGAGGCUGUUUGGUGAGCUGCAGGAGCUGUUUGAUGUGGAGCGGGCAGAGCUGUAUCUGUGUGUCCUGAGGCAACUGGUCAUCACAUACAGUUCUGCACCACAGCACCACAAUAAGCUUCAGCAGACCUGUUUCCCUAAACUUAUCAAGCACAGCCUCAGGGUCCUGCAAGAACCAAGCCAGCAGAUGGCUAGUGCAGUUGCUAUGGCAUCUGUGGCUAUGGUGUGUGAUCUUGUGGAGCAGAGAGUGAUUGACAUGCAACCAGAGACCAUUUCUGUCCUGAAAUCAUUGAAUGACUACUUCUACAAUCCAGCGUCAAAAAGUCCAUCCGCUUUGGGGAACUUCAACAAACGCCUGCAAAAACCACAGACUGAAGAUUGUUCAAGUGAUGGAGGAGUGCAUAGUCCUCUGCUGCAGGACUGGGGACGCAUUGCUGCAAAGUUCAUGCGGGACCAGUGGAUGUGUCUGAGCUUCCUGAUUAAGGCUGUUGGGAUUCCAGAGGGUGUAGAGGUUUCCAGAGUGCCUGAGACUCUCAAGGCUGCUCUGAGCUGCGCUGUGGAGGCCCUGGCUCUGCUGCCCAGUGACCUGGUGCUGCCUGUGCUUACCUUUAUGGAGACAGUGCUACCACAAUUACUGCAUUGUGAGGAGACCCUCUGUGUGGAAGCUGUGACUCUUAGCUGGGAGCUGGUGCAGGGGCUGACCACCAAUGCCCAUGACUUCUGGCUGGCCCUGAGAGGUUUUAUCUCCAUGGCCUUCCACCAUAAGCUGCUUGAGCUAACAGACUCUCAGGCUCCGACACUCGUCGCCACCUUAAAACAGAUUGCCGCUGAGCUGACGGAGCUGUCCCAGUCAAAGAGCGGAGUGUUUGGCGUACUGCUUCAACACUGCUGUCAGACAUGGCUGCCCGCCGACCGAGGCAGCGGUGACAAGGCCCACUCCACGUUUUCUUGUGUUUUCAGCCACAUCAGCAUACUCACUGAGGCUUGUGUCUAUGGACCAGUGUUCAGGAGAGAUCAACGGCUCAUCCAGGAUGUCCAAACAUAUGUGGAGCAACUCGGUGAAGAGUGUGCUGCCAAUGUCGCAGUUACAAGUGAUAACAGGGAUGAUCAGUUGCCCCGCAUAUGUGUACUGGCUUUCCUCAGUCGCCUGGAUUCCUCUAAUCUGCAGCAUCAAAGACUGAUGGAGGAACUAGUCCUGGAUUUAUUGAAAAAGGAUAAUGACAUAUCAAAGUCAAAAGUGCGUUACUAUGGCAACUCCCUGCAACAUCGUGUGAAAAACAGAGUAUGGCAGACACUGCUGCUGUUGCUGCCCAAACUCAGAGAGGAGUUUGUUGCCACUUUUCUGAACCGUGUGUUUGAAGCUGGAUUCUGCAGUAACCAGGCAUCGGUCAAGUACCUGAUCGAGUGGAUGAUGAUUCUGAUUCUUGUCUACUAUCCACAACACAUGGACAGUUUUUGGGCCUGCUUCAGCAUGGAUCAUGAAAAGACCAAGACAAGUAGCUGCACCUUCCUGUCAGUCCUGGUACAUUUCAAUGUCAUCAUUCCUAAUCUUAAGGAUGAGGCUGUGCAGUUGCGUAAAGCGCUGGACAUCAUCCUGCAGUGGUGUUUCAACCAUAACUUCAGCGUGCGCCUGUAUGCCUUACUGGCGCUGAAAAGGGUGUGGACCUUGGCUGAAGUUCGGGCAAGGGAAGGGGCUGAUGGUUUUGGAGGGCUGUCCACUGUGAUCAAAGCCUGUCUGUACCAGGCUGAGGCAAUGCAGAGCACCGGAAAUGCCAACAAGAACUGGAUGAGGAUUCAGGAGCACUUCUUCUUUGGUGCCUUUCAUCCUAUCAGGGAUUACAGUGUUGAGACAAUAUUCUAUACUUUCCCCAGUCUGUCAGAGUUGGCUGAUGAUGAGUGGAUUCCACCCUGGAAGUUUGAGAAACUGUCCUGUUUCUGUGAGAGUCCCUCUUUGGCUUUGCGAAAUCCCAGUCCUGAGCUGAGCCAGCUCCAGCCUGGAGACUGGAUCCAGCAAGACAAAGGUGAGCAGAAUAAGGAGGACCGCUGGGCUGACGUGCAGAAGAAGAUCACACCCUGGAGACUGGGAAUCCAGGAGCAGGAGCUUGAACUUCAGCUGGUUCCACAGCAGAGGGCAGCUCGACUGGGCAAACUGCACGGCGCCCUGCUGGUGGUAGCCUCUCUUAUUGACAAGCCCACCAAUUUAGGAGGUCUGUGCAGGACCUGUGAGAUCUUCGGUGCCAGUGCCCUGGUUCUGGACAGCCUCCGCCACGUCAGCGACAAACACUUUCAGUCCCUGAGUGUCUCGUCUGAGCUCUGGCUUCCCCUGUUAGAGGUGAAACCUGUGGAGCUCACUGACUUCCUGCAGGUGAAGAAGAGUGAAGGCUACUGCAUUGUUGGAGUGGAGCAGACAGCCAACAGUCAGAGCCUCCAGGACUACCAGUUCCCUGAGAAGACCCUGCUCCUUCUGGGCAAUGAACGAGAAGGUAUACCUGCCAAUUUGCUCCGAAUGCUGGAUGUGUGUGUGGAGAUCCCCCAGCAAGGGGUCAUCCGUUCACUCAACGUGCAUGUGAGCGCUGCUCUGCUGAUUUGGGAAUACACUCGGCAGCACCUCACCUCUGGCUCGCCUGAAGUCGACUCGAAACGCAGCUGAAGCGGCGGUGACCGGCAGCACAGUCCUAUAGCAGGCUGUGGCAUCUGCCUUGCAGACACUGGCCUUCCUUGGUGCUCCUCCUGGAAACAACUGCGAAAAGAGUCGGGGUGGGGGGGCUUAAAAUGAACAUGUAAACUUGAGCCACAGUGCAUGAAGGUGCUCCCCAUACAGGUUACAUCAGGGCCUUUCAGGAUGUUCCAUCUCUCUGUCCUUUCUGGUUUCAGGUCAGCAGUUACCUUGUGCCUUAAUGAGAGUCAUGAAUAGAGAUGGGCUCUGGUUAUUACAUCUAAAUAUUCCACUGGGCAUGCGGUUGUAUUAAUGGAGGCAAGCUGUGUGUCGGCAGAGCAGAGACGUACGUGGGAAUUUUCCCCUUUGAGGAGGAACAUUCUUGUUUAUGUAAGCAGUUAGUUUUUGCCUCAGAGCAACAGGAUGGACUAUAAUAUUCACACCCAAGAAACUAGAACCCAUAAUAUGUACUGUAAAUGCUGCUUUUGUUUGUGGCUCACUGAUGUUUAUAUUUGCAGUGUGUGUGCAGUUCUUUUUAAAUUGUAAAACCUUUUGAUACGGUUGAAUGAAUAAAUAAAUAAAACUAGUUUG